CUGGGCCGUCGCCCCAUCGCGCCCCCCCCUAACGCCGGCACUGUUUCUAGGUGUAAUAUUGCUGUGAAGAUCACAGUCGUUCGAGGUCCCGUCGCCGCACUCGCUCCCGUUCUCCAAGGUCCGGGUCCCGGUCUCGAAGCCGUUCCCGCUCUCGUUCCCGGUCCAAAGGAAGAUCCAUGUCUCGUUCAAGAUCACGCUCCCCGUCUAAAGAUUCUAAGAAGUCCAAUUAAAUAUCUACCACAAGCGUAG